AUGUGGAAGAUGAAAGCUGAUACUGCAGAAGGACCGGACGGUAUACGAUUGGAUGCUCUAAAGAAGCUUGACCGAAUGGGUGGGGGGGAGGGAUGGACAAGAUGGAUCCGUCGAUUCGAGCGGUAUCGCAUCACCUCCAAGCUUGCUACAAAAGACCAAGAAACCCAAGUAAAUCAGCUCAUAUACCUGAUGGGAGCAGAAGCUGAUGACAUUUUGCCGACUUUCACUCUCUCUGAAGAGGAACAGACGAGCUAUACUAUUGUCAAAGCUAAGUUUGAUCAGUACUUUUCUGUUCGUCGAAAUGUCAUAUUUGAGCGAGCUAAAUUUAACCAGCGUGUACAGAGAGAUGGUGAACCAGUUGAUAGUUUCAUCACAGAUCUCUAUUCUCUUGCAGAAAACUGUAAUUAUGGUGCACUUCAUGAUGAGAUGAUUCGAGACAGAAUUGUCGUUGGAAUCCGUGACCUCAAAUUAUCAGAAAAACUUCAGCACGACUCUGAAUUAACAUUACAGAAAGCUGUCACAAGUGCCAGACAAUCUGAAAUUAUCCACAAGCAGCAACCUGUGAUUCGAGGCAAUGUGUCUUUGAAUACAGCAAGUGGAAAUUCAAGAGUUGAAGAACUUGUCACUCCUAAAGGCAAAGGCAAGAAACCUCGUGGCAAAACUAAGCCCAAGACUUCACCUCGUCCAUUUUUUAACAAUGCAAAGCCUAAACCCACAUGUUCAUACUGUGGUAGAGAUUCACACCCAAGAGCAGAAUGUCCUGCAACCAGGUCAACCUGUCGGAAAUGUCGUAAAGUUGGACACUGGGAUGUAGUAUGCAGGAGUCAACGGUGGGGUCUAUCUGAGAUUCGUCUCGAACAAGGGUCUAACAAUGAGUGUACCAACAAGCAGGAAUAUGCUUUUCUUGGUUCCAUUAGUGCUGAUAGUGAAAGCUCUGAUCCAUCACGGCCUUGGCUUGUAAAUCUUGAGGUUAACUCACGACUAGUUCGUGACUUUAAGAUUGACACGGGUGCUGACGUCACCGUAAUUCCCUAUGACCUUUAUGUGUCUAAGCCUUUUCCAAAACUUCAGCAAAGUGGCAAGAGACUGUAUGGUCCAGCUAACUCUAGUUUGUAUGUUGUUGGAAAAUUCAGAGCAAAACUUAAAACUGUGUACGGUGAUGUUGUGACUGAGCAGAACAUAUAUGUCGCCAGAGGUCUUACUCGUUCUCUGCUGGGUAGACCCGCAAUUCAAGCUCUCAACCUUGUCAGCCGCAUUGAUAGCGUUGUUGGGGACAAAUGGAAAGACAUGUUUCCCAAACUGUUCACUGGGCUAGGAAAGAUGGAAGGUGAAUAUACUAUCAAGCUCAAAGAGGAUGCUAAGCCUUUCUCUAUCUCAACACCCAGACGUGUGCCUCUACCUCUCAUGAAGAAAGUGAAACAGGAGCUCCAAUCAAUGGAAAGCAGUGGUGUCAUAUCUAAAGUGGACUGUCCUACCGACUGGUGUGCUGGUAUGGUGGUCGUCCCAAAAUCUUCAGAGAAAGUCAGAAUAUGUGUUGAUCUGACUAAAUUGAACGAGUCUGUGAGGAGAGAAUAUCACCCUCUUCCUGCUGUGGAUCACACACUAAGUCAGUUGAGUGGAGCUAAAGUGUUCACAAAACUAGACGCAAACUCUGGAUUCCACCAGAUUCCAUUAUCCACAGAUUCCUCACUACUUACCUGUUUCAUCACACCCUUUGGCCGGUAUUGUUUUAACCGCCUACCUUUUGGCAUCUCGUCAGCACCAGAACAUUUUCAGAAAAGAAUGCAACAGGUUCUGGAAGGUCUAGAUGGAGUUGUGUGCCAGAUGGACGAUAUCCUGAUUCAUGGUCAUGAUGAAAGCGAACAUGAUCAGCAUGUAGCGGCAGCCUUGAGCAGAUUGCGUGAUGCAGGCAUAACACUUAAUCUGGAGAAGUGUCAGUUUUCAAAGAAUAAAGUGAAGUUCCUUGGACACAUAAUUGACAGCACUGGCAUUUAUGCAGACCCAGACAAAAUUCAUGCUAUUACCAGGAUGAGCGAGCCACAGAAAGUCUCUGAUAUCAGGACAUUUCUCGGUAUGGUUAAUCAGCUGGCAAAGUUUGUACCCAAUCUUGCAUCUAAAACACAACCUCUUCGCGAACUCCUUGUCAAGGACAGAGCUUGGGUCUGGGAGGAACCACAGCGUUCUGCGUUUCAGUCUAUCAAGGACCAACUGACAUCUGCUCCAGUACUCGGACAUUAUGAUCCAAAUGCGGAGACUUGUGUUUCAGCCGAUGCUUCCUCAUUUGGAUUGGGGGCAGUGAUCUGUCAGAAAGACUGCAGUGGAGUAUAUAAAGCAGUAGCCUACUGCUCUAGAUCAAUGACGGACACAGAAAGGCGCUACGCACAAGUGGAAAAAGAGGCGUUGGCAAUUACCUGGGCUUGUGAACGUUUUCGUGACUACCUGCUAGGUAAACAGUUUCACAUAAACACUGACCACAAACCACUUCUUUCUCUGUUGGGAAACAAGAGCUUGGACCAAUUGCCACCUCGCAUACAGCGAUUCAAGAUGCGCCUCAUGGCCUAUUCCUAUACUAUAUCACAUGUACCAGGGAAACAGCUUUGUUCAGCGGAUGCACUCUCUAGAGCGCCGACGGAUAUUCCACUCUCAAGCCAAGAGUCUUGUCUUCUGAGGGACACAAAUAUCUAUGUUGAUUCUGUUCUUGCUACAUUACCUGCAACAGAUCAACGACUGGAUGAGAUACGUCUCAAACUACGUGAAGACCCGGUGAAGGAGGGAGAUACAGUGCUUGUUAAUGACAGUGGAUUCAUCAGAGAAGGUCAAAUCCACAAGGAGGCUGAAACUCCAAGAUCAUUCUACAUCAAGGCAGUGGGCCCCAUCCUUAAAUGGGCCCCAGCCAAAGACAUGAGGGGAGAUAACUCUCACGAGUAUGCUGCUGGCUGGAAGCACAUGGCUUCAGCCACACUCCUAACUAAGAUUCAGCAGGGGAAGUAUGUCAACAUCGCCUUAUUGACAUUGCCUGAACAUGAGUGGUCAAACGUUCGCACCAUAAUGGAUGGAGAAGGGAAUGAAAUUCGAAUUAAAGGGGGAUUAGAUCAACUUUUAACUCAACCCUUGACCAUUGGAGACUUUGUUUCAUCGUUCACAAAAUACAUUGACAUUGUGUGCGAAGUGGCUGAUCGCAGAGAAGAACUACACAAAUAUAUGGCUGACAUAGUCGACAUUGCCCAUCAAAAUGAGGGUUCUUUGUUCUAUGACUACCAUCAAGCCUUCUUUCAAAGAACAGCUACCCUCCUCGAAACUUACAACACACCAACCAGUCUAUUGGGGCAUCAGGGACAGAGCGGAAAAAGAGCUUCUGUAUCUCAGAGUGAGGGCAGUCAAGAGAAGUCCGAUAAACAGGCAUGA